UCUCCUCUCCAUAACAAAGAUGAGCCUGCAUCCCUCCUAGCUUUCUGACAGCAAAACAAGACACACACAGUAAAACAACCUUCAGAACUAUUCCCCCUCGUUUCCAACAUGAGCGACUCAAACUACUGGGUUGUGGACUACGAUGUCUCCUCUCCUGCUCCGCCCGGGUUCCCCAGGGGCCAGACGGUGCUGCAGCCCAUGACGGGGCAGCCCGAGCAGGGAUCGGCCCUUUGCUUCGUCGGCCUCCUCGUGCUGCUGCUGCUCUUCCUCCUCGUCCGCUGCGUCCGGAUCUUGUUGGACCCCUACAGCAGCAUGCCUUCAUCGUCGUGGACGGACCACAAGGAGGGACUGGACAGAGGACAGUUUGAUUAUGCGCUGGUGUAAAGAUGAGGGCUGAGCUGGAGAGGAGGAGGUUGGACGUGUGGAGGCUCUCGAGGGACUUUUGAUUGAUGACGUUUGCUGGCCUGACGACUAGAGACUCUACCUGACAGUAUGUCUGAGUUAUGAGUAAAAAAAUACACAGCAGGACAAAGAGAGAAAAAGAAGCAGAGACGUCAGAAGUCCCUGCGUCCAUUUCCAAUUUACAGUGACAGAGGCUGCUGCAGGGAGGCAACCAUCAGUACGCUUAUCAUGUCAUCAUUUUUGUAAUUGUGUAAUGUUUUAACAAAUCCCAGGGCUGGAGAGCAGAGCUGCCGCAAGAGAGGUCCUGAUUGAAUAAAAAGAGACAUCUGUUCAGUUCAGACAUGUCAGUCAGUCAGACGAGUCGAGAACACACAGAUA